GUAUAUUAACUGCUGCAUGUCAGUUUUCCUUAAAACGUGUAACUCUGUGCAUAAGUUACAACGACAAGAAUGAAGUUUUUGAUGAGUUUUAUAACAAUUUUUAUGAUAACGUUUUAUCUUCCAGUCAUUGAAAUGAAAAGUAAAAGAUGUCAUAAGCAUCCAAAUCCUGUACGAUGUCUCAGUCAACCAACAUUGUCCUGUGGUAACUGGAGUAUGACCUUUGACCUACAUGGAAUAACGGUCGGAAGUAUUGGGAAACUGUCUUGCCCCUUGGAUCAUACCCUCAGAGGGAAUGACACAAUAUCGUGUUUGGAAUCUGGCUUAUGGAGUCGGAUAAAAGCUACAUGUGUUCCAGAUGACGUCACAGAUUCACGUUUCGCUUUAUUCCAGGAUUCCCGGUAUUAUUUUGUGAAAGCAGAACUACAAACUUUUCCGCAAGCCGAGGCAACUUGUUUAGACAUGUGUGCAACACUCGUUGAAAUAAACAACGAAGCGGAAAAUAACUUCCUUUUAUCUAAGGCUGAGUCGCUGGGACUAGUGUCUCCAUGGAUAGGAUUAGAGUCAAAGGACGGUACUCGCUAUACAUGGGUAUCCGGAAAUACAACACAGACCAACUCGUAUGACGACUGGUCACAUCCGGGUACAAUAAUAUAUGAAGCAGGAAGAUGCGUAGUUUUGGAUGUUGGCUAUAAGGCAUGGUUUUCGAGAGAUUCAAGUUAUUGUGAUAGCACGAAGGACGAAUUCAUAUGCGAAUUUCAGAUAAUCAUGAAAGCAGAGAUACUAAUUAUUGAACCAUUUUAUGGUGGGUCACACAAACAGAUGGUAGAUUUACUUCAGUCUAAGAUCAGUGACUGUGAUGUGAUGACAAUGCCAGCCAAGAAAUGGCACUGGAGAGCAAGAACUAGUGCUAUAUACCUGAGUCAACAAAUUCCUUAUUCUCAUAAAUAUAGGACUCUGUUUGCUAGUUCAGUAUUAAAUCUAGCAGAACUUAUUGCAUUACGACCAGAUUUGCAGGGACUCACAAAGAUACUGUAUUUCCACGAAAAUCAGUUGGUUUAUCCAAUCAAAAAGCAGCAAGACCGAGACUUCCAGUAUGGUUAUAAUCAGAUAAUAUCAUGUAUGGUAGCUGAUACUGUGGUUUUUAAUUCCAAAUACAACAUGGAAUCAUUUUUAUCAUCGAUUAAGACCUUUCUGAACUUAAUACCUGAUCACAGACCCAAGACAUUAGAAGAUGUCAUCAGACCAAAAUGUCAGGUCUUGUACUUUCCCUUGGACCUUCCAGUCAGGAAUGGUGAUCAAUCAAUAGAAGGCUUGAAGCCAGAAUCAUCUGCUUAUAAGACCAACACUGAUAAUGUAUUAUCAGAUAGCAAAUGUCAAAUCAGAGAUCAGCUGAUUGAAUCACAGGACUCAUACACAAAUUAUAAGGAAGUCAACUUGACAUGUGCAGAAGACCCCCGUUCACCUGAAGCAAAUCAUGGUAGCCCUGUGAAGCCACUUCAUAUUGUUUGGGCACACAGAUGGGAGCAUGACAAAGAUCCAGAUACAUUCUUUGAGGUUGUGACAUCAUUAUCUGAAAGCGGAAGUGAAUUUAAUUUGUCUGUCCUUGGUGAACAGUUUACAGAUAUACCAGAGGUAUUUGAUAGUGCAAAAGAGAAGUUAGAAAGACAUAUAGUAAAUUGGGGCUACCAGAAGAGCAGAACAGACUAUAUUGACAUACUGAAGUCAGCUGAUGUAGUAGUAUCAACUGCAUUACAUGAAUUUUUUGGAGUUUCCAUGUUAGAAGCUGUAUAUUAUGGUUGCUACCCAAUGUGUCCAAAUAGACUUGUUUAUCCUGAAAUAUUUCCAGAUGUUUACCUGUAUAAUACCAGUAAACAGCUGAUAAAAUCAUUAAAAAGGUUUUGUAAAUUCCCUGCUUUAGCCAGAGACCAUAUAUGUCAGGUACAAGUAGAAAAAUAUUUGUGGACCAACAUGGCUCAAAAUUAUAUUGGUCUUCUUAAAAAUCAAGGCAACACUGGGGAGAAGUUAGAAAGUGCACAAACUGAGGAUGUCACUUGAAGACAUUAAAAUAUGGUUUAUCUUGAAAACAAAUACCAAUUCAAGGUUAUCAUAUACAUGAGAUAGAAGAUUCGGAGAUGCUGCUAGAUUUCAAGGUCAAGUUUAUAUGGCAGUUAUGAAAACAAAGUUGAUAAAAAGUUGAAUGUGAGCUGCUAAUAAUAAUGUGCAGGUUUAAAUGGUUCAUUCUGUAAUCUGGUCAACAUGAUUCUUUAGUUUAUAAGUGACAGGAGACAAGCAUCGUGACAAUUGUUGUACCAGAUAUUGGAUUAUAACAAACACCGAAGAGUCAUAGUUUUUUUAUUUAAGGAAAAUGUGAUGCUUGAACAUAACAUAAAGAAUUGUUACUAUAUACCAUAUUACUGAUGGCCAUUAUUGACAUAUAAACUUGGUAUUUUUCAAUACACCUAUGUUGAUUUACAAGUUAUGUUUUUAACAUUCAAUAAAAAAGUAUAUGUGCAAUGUAGCAUAAUGAAAUGUUUUUAAUCAUUGGGUUUCCAUUCUACAAACACUAUUUGAACUUCAAAAACUAUUAAUCUCUUUUAAACCAUUGAGCCAUUUGGAAUCAGUUUUAGCCAGUCAUCCUUUGAUUUAUAUGAUUAACCAAGCAACAUGCAUCUAACAGAACAAAUAUAAUAGAUGGACAGCAAACUAAUGUCUCAGGCUGCACCACAUAUUUUUCUGUCCAAGUAC